AUGUCGAGAUUGGCCCCGAGCAAAAGAUGGACGUCAUUCGAGGGUUGGGACUAUAACGGCAUGAAGAAAAGACUCGAGGACCUGAUUGCUACUCUAAAUAAAAAGGUGCUUAUAGACCAUGCCGAGCGCAUUAUAGGCCAGAAAAUCAGCGUGAGCGAGCCCUUUUCCGCAGGGCAGUAUUGGAUAUGUUUUGAGUUGGUCGCUGAAGAUGAGACUCUUGUCAUUGCACGCGUUCGAUUGCCUCGCCACCCAAAUGCUGCACCAACAGUGAGCGAAACGGACGAACAAUAUUCCAUCGCGUGCGAGCUUUCUGCCAUGCGUUUCAUGCGGCAGAGACUCUCGACUGUCGUCGUACCUCGGGUAUAUGCCUACGAGGGUCCUGGGUCGCAGCUCGCCACUGAUGCUGGCGCUGUUUACAUGCUCAUAGAGGGCUUUCGCGGGAACACGCUGCAAGAUAGUGUUCCGGAUCUUUGUGGAUUGCCUUCUGCAAAACUGGAGCAUGUCAUGGCGCAGUGGGCAACAAUUCAAACGGCUCUGGCAACCUUGACAAGUCCCCUAAUAGGGUCCAUCUCCGGUAUUACGAAGACUGGAGAACCAAUCGUCAAUAAGCUAUCUUCUGCUGCAUCCGAAGGCUUGAUGUCACCAGGACCUUUCUCUACGGCUGUGGAGUACUUUACAGCUCUUGGAGAAGCAUCUUUAUACCGGGCAAGUCGCCAUGAGAGCAAUCAGAGCAUGUCGCACUUCCACAGGCUGGGUGCGUUGGUCUUCCUGGACAUUGUGCAGUCUACGCCAUUCUUUCAGGCGUCUCCCGCACAAUAUCCCUUUAACCACAUGGACCUUGGCACACAAAACAUUAUAGUCGAUGAUGAUUUAAACUUCUUGGCCGUCAUUGAUUGGGAAUUCGCUCAAACUGCUCCUUGGCAAGUCAACUACUACCCAAUGCCAUUUCCACUAUCAUGGUCAGACGAGAGCAUCAACACGAUCCUAGAUGAUCCCCAGCACCUCGCGCACAAGAAUGUAUCACGGCAGACUGAUGCCAGGGAAUUAUAUUGCAGGAAGUUCCGGGAAGCUGAGGCAAAACUCAAAGAGGAAGGAAUGCCUCUUGGAAAUGAAUUCGCAAAGGUCCUGGAGAGUGCAGCGUCUAGGAUCUAUGGUUGUUUCUCCAAGCUUGGGGAUGUACCGGAGCAAGACGAGGGCUUGGUUUACGAGAUGGUGCGUCUGGCAUUUAAUUUUGAUGUUGAGAGAGCCAACCAAUAUCUUGGGAGCAUGUCAGACAAGCUGGUGUAG